AUGGUCAAUUUAACAAACUACCCAUACCUAGAGUAUGAACCAAGCAAAAUAGCGGCUGGUAUUAUUGCUUUUGUUAUUGGCUUAUCUCUUAUCAUAUGGAUCGUUCAAUCUAUUCAGUCACAUUUUCAACCUCGGCGGAUCAGUGUUCUUAUUCUUAUGUCACAUGUUGCUAUGUUUCUGCAGUUCAUAUUACGAGCAGUACUUUCUAGUAGUACACUGAAUUCAAUACUCAUCUAUACAAUCAUGGCAGGCUUCCUUGCUGCCGGUCAGCGUGUGAUCAUUAUAUGUAAUUAUGAUUUUCUUAUUCAAGUACGUUGUAAUCUAACGGGUGGCCCAUGA